AUGGACACCACCGACGGAUUUGGAUUACGUCCCGUGCGUGACGCCGAGCGUCUUCCUAGCAUGCUCCCCGGUCUGCAGACUGGGAUCGUCUCGCAGCCCGACUCUCCGACCACCCCAAGUGGCCCCCUCCACUCACAACCUCGCACCCUUCCCCAAACUAUUGCCGCCCGUCAACGUCCCUUGAUCCGCCAGCAGCAGUCGGCGUCCGGUGAAUCGGAUGAUGCCAACGGCGAAGAUUCGACCAUGGGAGAUGAUAGCGCCAUGGGACAGCCCGCUGAAACCAUUGUUGGACUCCCUAACCGGAUGGAACUUGACGGUGUCAACGAGCGGGAAACAACGAUGCUAGAAGGUGUCUCUAACACCCAUGAUCUGACCGUCAAUGAUCCCUCUGAGGAAGACGGCCCGGAGGUGGAGACUUUCAACAUCACUCAUCGUUCGACUGUCGACGGCAGCAUCAUUAAUAACGGCAACACACAGGCCAACGGCGGACUCGGUCUUUCUCCUACCCAAGCCACCAACAAUCCUAAUUCUCCUACUCUCCCUGCUAGCCCCUACGCCAUGUACCUUCGUGACCGUCCUGCAGCCCAGGGAGUUUUGACAACCAUGCCUCGUGACGAGGAUGUCUUGAUGUCCCUCCAGCUGCUAGCAUAUGUCUCUAAAUACUGCUACCUCCGAUCAUAUUUCCAAUCAUCCCACCUUGUCCCCAAGUUGAACAUUGAUCGUGAACUCCAUCUUUUGGAUGAGAACGCCGAACCCUCUUCACCAAUUGAUACUUGUGAGGAGGAAGACGAGUACUUGAUUCCCGACGAUUUCAACAUCUUCCCCCUGGUGGAGAAGUUUACUGUUCGACAUCACACCAAGGACAUGCAAUACUGGGCAUGCGUGGUCAUGAGAAAUCUCUGCCGUAAGGAUGAGGCGAGAGGUGGCAUCCGCCAAUGCGCCUAUUACAAGUGUGGCAAGUGGGAAGAGUUCCAGCGUCAGUUCGCCAAAUGUCGGCGUUGCCGUCGCACCAAAUACUGCAGCAAAGAUUGCCAGAAAUCCGCCUGGGUAUACCACCGGCACUGGUGCCAUACGACCCCUUGA